AUGACCGGCACGGACGUCUCGGGGUGUAAGGCGUCCACCAGCGGGAGGGACUGGAGCUGGGUCCCGUACCCGGAGGGUCAUCGAAAGCGGCGUGGAUUCAUAGCCAACUAUCUAGAUGCCGUAAAAGACCGAGAGAGCGCGGCCGGCGCCGUCUACUCUCCCAGCGUCACAAAGGCUCUCGACGGCGAGGCGUUCGCUGAGCUCCGCCGCGGAGCCACGGUGCGCUUCGAUCCGAGCGAUCAUGACUUAUCAGACGCCUUCCUGGAUUUGAUAGAUACUUCCGGGCUGGUCGGCGGCGACGACGACGCGGGGGGCGUCGACCUCGCCACGAUUCACGAGCGCCUGCCCGAUUUCGACAGGGGCAAGAGCCACCUCGAGGAUAAGGCGAGGCUUCUCGCGCCGCUCGCUCGACCGGGACCGCGACGCGAUAGGUUCCAGAACGCUUACGACCGGCUCAUGCUCGAGGUUGUGGCGCCGCACUUCGCGCGCACGAUGCCCGCCGAGACGAAACUCCUCUACGCGUCGUUCCCGUGCGUGCGGAUCCAGCAGCCGUGCGACUUUCACACCAUAAGGGCGCACGUGGACACCAUGUACCUGCACCCGCACGGGUCCCUGAACGCGUGGCUGCCGCUGACGACGACGAGAGGCGCGAACACCCUGCACGUGGAGUCAACGCCGGGACGAGAAGACUUCGCGCCCGUCGAGCUGUCCUACGGCGAGUUGGCCAUCUUCGACGGCGCUCGGUGUUCGCACUUCACCGUGGCCAACACGUCGGACAGGACGCGGGUGUCGCUGGACUUCAGGGUCGUUCCCGCGUGCGCGUACGACCCGUGCGCGGUCAUCUCGAGGGUCAAGGGCACGGGUUCGCAGUGCUACAACGUCGGCGGGUAUUACUCCGUGGCGGAAAAAAUUGGACAGAGUUGGCACAAGACCGUCGCGGGGACGCCGUCGGUUCGGCACGGUUUCCCGCACACAAACCCGGAGACGGUGGAGGAAUGA